GUUUACCGCUCAACUGAACUUGAGGCAGCCAAUGGAAAUAAAAUGAAUGCCAAAGAAGUGUUUGCCGCUGUUAUCAAGUAUUUGAAAGACCACUUGAUUGACUCAUUGAAAGUCAGAGCAACUCCAGUUGGAAAAGAUGAUAUACAUUGGAUUCUGACAGUACCCGCUAUAUGGACGGAUCCGGCGAAACAAUUCAUGAGAGAGGCCGCAUACAUGGCUGGAAUAAAAGGAGAGAAUCUGUCCAUUGCUCUAGAACCGGAGGCUGCUUCCAUUUACUGUCAGACAGUCCCUUUUUGCAAUUUAAAAGAGGGAGAUGAGAAGAAGUUCGAACCAAUUUCUUCAGGAAAAAAAUAUCUAGUCAUUGAUUUAGGGGGUGGCACUAUGGAUGUAACUGUACACGAAAAACAGAGUGAUGGCAGAUUAAAAGAAGUUUGCAAAGCCAGUGGCAGUACAGCUGGUUCGACAAAAAUAGAUGAUGAAUUUAUUCACAUGAUAGAGAAGAUUGUUGGGAAAGAUAUAUUUCUACUGUUCCAAAAGGAAUACCAAUGCGAUUAUAUUGAUUUACUUCGUGAAUUCGAAAUGGGUAAACGCCAUGUUACUGAGCGAUACAUUAUGAAAGUAACAAUAAGAAUUCCACCUUCUCUUGCAGAGGUAUACCGACAAUCAACUAAGAAGACGGAAAAGGCAGCCAUUGAAGAGUCAGUUUAUAAUGGCAAAAUUCAAUGGGUGUACGGUAAAUUCAGAAUACAGGCGGAUAUCUUUAAAAGCUUAUUUAAACCUUGCAAUGACAUGAUUGUCAGUCACAUUAGUAGUUUGCUAAAUCACGAGGAAGUCAAAGGAACAGAUGUCUUCCUGUUGGUCGGCGGACUGUCGGAGUGUGAUCUAUUGCAAAAUCGCCUUAGGAAGACAUUUCCGGGCGUACAAAUAAUCAUUCCGGAGGAAUCUUCCUCGGCCGUUCUCAAAGGUGCCGUCCUCUAUGGUCACCGACCUUUGGCAGUGUCCUCGCGCGUUUCUAAAUAUUCAUACGGCCUAAGUAUAUCACCAUUAUACGAUCCUUCUAUCCAUCCUGAAAACCGACGCGUAAUUGUCGGUUCAACACACCGCUGUCGUGAUAUAUUCAUGAAAUUUAUCGCUUGUGGAGAGGCCGUCAGAAUUGGUGACGCGCGGUCUUGGGAACUCUCUACGCUUUGGCCGAAUCAGCAAAAGAUGACAAUUAAUUUGUAUAUAUCCACCAAUCCAAAUCCAAAAUACGUUGAUGAGUACGGCACAGAGUACCUAGGAAAUAUAGUAGUUGACCUUCCGGGCAGUACGGACGACAAUGUUGUUGUUAACGUCAGUAUGUUGUUUGGCGAAACAGAGCUUACGGUGGAAGCUACAGAAAUGACGAGACAGAAAAAAUAUAGGGCAUACUUUGAUUGCUUAUAAAAUGAAUUUGUUGGCAGGAAAGAAAUAUUGAAUUACAUUGUAAAAUUACCUUGUACAUAUGCAGGCACAGACUUUACAAUUUUAAACGCCAUUACUCAAGGGAAAAGACCUGUUUUCCUAUGUAAAUUGUUCAUUGCAUCAUUCAUAGAAAAGUACCAUAUGUGCUUUCAUGCAAUGUAGAAUAACACAGUCAUGCAGCUAUCAUGUUUGAUUUUCUCAUAUUUUUUUAUAUUUGUUGCAUUUUUUUUAGAUAUACAUAUAGGCAGCUGAGAUUUAUCUCUUUUCUAUCAGUAGAAUUCACAGCAUAUACAUUUGUACUUUACUUGAGGGUUUACUCUUUAAAACGAAUCGUCUGUUGAACAAUUUCAGUACUAAUUAUAUCACAAUAUGCUCAGGGCAUUUCUUAACAUGAUCUUUACGUCUUUACAAAAUUCAUUUUUGACAAAUCAAAGGUUCAGUUGAAAUCCAUGUAAUUUGUACUAAUUUUGCAUGUUUUCCGUGCCAAAAAGUAAAAAUGCACGGUUUGCCUUAUGAUAUUUAGUUAUACAAGCAUACAAUAAAUAUUUAGAAUUGGAACUUAAAAAUACUUUUAUCAAAAACAUAUGUGAUGAUAUUCAAAAGAGAUGGCCUCUCACGUUUUUAUCAUGAAUGGAAAUUAAAUUGAAAAUUGUUUAUAAAGUGACAUAUCUAGAAAAAAAUUUACAUGUGGCGGCUCUUUUAACACAAGUAGGAAAAGCGCAAAAAUCAUUUUAGUUUAACAAGUACUGAUGUAAAUAAACGUAUAUGUUAGUCCUAGACCUAAGCUCAUUACCACAAUAUUGAUUUAUGGAAGUGAAGAUAUGGGGUUUAGUUCUAGUCAGACUAUAGAAUAUGUACACAUGCAAUCUUAUGUUUAAAUAAAUACUCUAAAUGAUUUUACAUAUGGAGAGCUAGGCAGAAUAUACAUACUCUGUAUAUAGACACGUAAUGAAUGUUAUUUAAGAAAUAAUUCGUUCCCAGACGUGGUUUAUCUUAGAAUAACCCGAGUUUUGAGUUCUUAUGCGUAAGAAUAUAUCACGAAGGACGUAGGCCUGAGUGGUAUAUUGUUUCGCAUAAGAACGAAACUCGGGUUAUUCUACGAUAAAUCACACUUGGGAACUUAUUAUUUUGAUUCUAACACGACAUAUUAGUAUCAAUAGUGUUAGAAAAAAAUGGUGACUACGUUUUACGACCGUGCUACGCACCUGGAUCGGAUGACGUCAUUGCACGCGAGUGGUUUAUUGCAGAAUAAGCCGAGAUAGAGUUUGCUCUACAUGUAUGUAGAUUAUUUGCUAGUCGUGUUAGAAUAAUUAUUGGACGGACAUUUUAGCUAGUAAAGAGAACAAGUAUAUCAUAAGUAAAAUGCAUCAGUUUAAAUGAUUUUGAAAAUGAUCCAGGGCAAAGAAAACUCGUGAUUUCAAUAAAAUGGACUUUUAUUUUCUCUCGGUUUUUAUAAAGUUUGGCUGCAACAAAGCAUAUGUAAUAUUGAUAUGUUAAUGAUAAUUUGGUAUAAAAUUAGCAUGAAAAAAUUACAAGACUCUAAUCGAGCACUAUUUUCAAGAACUAUUGCAUUUUAAAUUGAUUAUUUCACAGUAAAUGAACUUUGUCAGUCUUGUAAGUUUAAGAGUUGCAUCACAUAGAUUGCAAAUAGAAGUCGGUCGGUGGUCAAGACCAUUAAGUAUCACAGUGAAUGAUAAAAAGUGUGAAAUGUGUAAUAAGUUUGAAGAUGAAUACCAUUUUGUAUUUGAAUGUUGAAUGUAUACUGAUUUAAGAAAGAAAUAUGUACAUAAAAUGUGUUGGAAACCUCUAAAAAUGUUCAAAUUUGUUGAUUUGUUAACACUACAGAAUAUAAUACAUGUAAGAAAACUUAUAAUUUGGUAUAAAGAAGAAAGGCCAUGUUACAUGUAACACUUUGAUAAUGCUUUCUAGACAUGAAUUAGUUCUUACUGUAAUAACGUGUUUUAUAUAUUACAUUUGCAUAAAUGAAAGUAACUAUCUGUAAGUCUGUCGUUUCGAGUUUACUUCAUUAUUUGCCAACAAAUUUGAUUAUCUUAUACAAACAUGUGUUUAGAAGGAAAUUUGUUUCGGUAAAUUUUAUACGUCUGUUGAUAUAGUAUACUGGUGGUAAGCAGUUUUUCUUAAGUUUUGUUUGGUAAAAGAUUGGUAGCUUAGCACUAGUUAGUGGGCUUGCUUGUUUAUUCAUGUUGAUUUGUUACCGUUUGACUGUAUAAAUGUAAAGCAGUUGCAUAACUUUCAGUCGUAUCUUCCUCAUCAAGAAGUGCAGAUUCUCAGAUGGAAGAUAUAAUAUACCUAAAUUCUGUUGACAUUCACUUCAUAAAGAAUGCUUCUACUGCUAAAAAUAUAAUAAUAAACAUUGAUAUGGAAUAAAUU